UCCAUUCUGCAGUAGUACGAUUCUUGCCUAACUUCCAUCCUUCUUCGACAACCUACGCUUUUUUUCCAUAGAUAUACAUGCACGAGCAAUUAUAUAUAUACACGGACCACAAUAUAUAACGAAGUUACAAGUUCCCGGUCAUUUGGUAUUUCUUAAACAUAUAUAAUUUUCUAGCUUUGAGAAGAUCAAGGAGAGAGGAGUAAAUGGACGAUUUGCCGCCUGGGUUUCGGUUCUACCCGACGGAGGAAGAGCUGGUUUCAUUUUAUCUGCAUAACAAGCUCGAAGGGAAGAGAGAGGAUUUGAACCGAGUUAUGGACCGGGUUAUACCGGUAGUGGAUAUAUAUGAGUCCAAUCCAUGGGAUCUCCCACAGUAUUCUGGAGUGCUGUGCUAUGGAGACCCUGAGCAGUGGUUUUUCUUCGUUCCCAGACAAGAGAGUGAAGCCCGCGGGGGAAGACCAAGGCGACUCACGACAACUGGAUACUGGAAAGCUACGGGGUCUCCUAAUUAUGUCUACUCUUCCAACACUAGUCGCAUUAUUGGUGAGAAAAGGACCAUGGUUUUCUACAAGGGAAGAGCUCCUUAUGGAAAAAAAACUGAGUGGAAGAUGAACGAAUAUAAAAUCAGUGAAGGAGACGCGUCCUCAUCUAGCAGUACUACUGCAAUUCCUUCGUUACAGCAGGAAUUUAGUUUGUGUCGAGUCUACCAGAAAUCAAAAUGCUUAAGGGCAUUUGACAGACGACCGUCCGGAGUAGUAAUAGGUGAGCGGCCAGCAACAGCACAACAAGUUCAUCAUCAUCAGGGUCUGAAUUACCGUCCAAUCACGGAGAGAAUUAGAAGCUCACCCGAGAGUUCAUCCUCUGGAGACCAUGGCGGCCAUGAUCCCAGCUCUGUGCAGCCAGCUGGGCAAAGUCAUGAUGAUCAUGAGAACAUGGGAAUGGCUGUUGAUAUUAAUGAUACUAAUUACUUGUUGGAUUCUGAGCAGUUGAAUUGGUUCCAUGGGAUGGAUUAAUAGAAGGAAAACAGUACCAUUUCAUCAGCUGAAUUAGGUGUACGUGUCCAAAUAUUCGUCACAGUACUUCUCUAAUGGAAUGGAUCAUGAUCCAAGCUGUGCUUAACCCCUGGCCUUUAGGAAAUGGAGUACUUAGUUUGUUGGAUGUUGUAAUUCUCAUGAUUGCUAGAGACAGAAUAAAGUUGAGUUUGAGGGUGGUAAUUAAUAAUUAUCUAAUUAUUGUUUCCUAGCUAGUUGAUCAUCACUUGUUCAUGAUAUAUAUAUUAAGGAUACAAUAUUUGAUUAUUGUAGUA